GUCUCUUUUACCCGUGUGUAGGGGUUUCAUACAGGGGGCCUCAGGACUUGGUCUUGUCUGUUCUGGGUGGCGGGGAUCACAGGUCCUUUCUAAUUUAAUUUUAUGAAGUAUUUAGUUGAUUUGUUUUAAAUUCAUUGGAACUACAGUUUUCCCUACUUAAGUAUAUUGAAUCAUGAAGUGGAACCUAGUGUUCCUUGGGCUCCUUCUGACCUUCGGGCAGCUGUCAUGGGGCCAGAAAGGUAUGGACAUCCCCGAGUACGAUGGAAAGGACCGCGUUCACGAUCUUAAUGCCAAGAAUUACAAGUCUGUGAUGAAGAAAUAUGACGUGAUGGUGGUGUACUACCAUGAGUACGUAGGAUCCAGCAGAGUCGCCCAGAAACAGUUUCAGAUUGAGGAGCUGGCCCUUGAGCUUGCUGCACAAGUCCUGGAGGAUCUUGACGACGAGGACAUCGGAAUUGGCCUACUUGAUGAGAAGACAGACAAAGCUGUUGCCAAGAAACUAGGUCUAGAAGAGGCUGACAGUAUCUAUAUCUUCUUUGAGGAUGAGGUCAUUGAGUACGAUGGAGAGCUUGCUGCGGACACACUGGUGGAGUUCCUCUAUGAUGUCAUCGAGGAUCCAGUUGAGAUCAUUAGCAAUGUGCGUGAGUUGAAAGGUUUCCAUAAUAUUGAGGAGGAUAUCAAGCUGGUGGGCUUCUUCAAGAGUGAGAAAUCUGACCACUACCAAGAAUAUGAGGACGCAGCAGAGGAGUUUCAUCCACACAUCAAGUUCUUUGCCACCUUUAGUCCAAAGGUUGCUACAAAACUAGGAUUGAAGUUGAAUGAGGUGGACUUCUAUGAGCCCUUCAUGGACGAACCCGUCGUCAUCCCUGGUAAACCCUACAGCGAGAAAGAACUUGUUGAAUUCAUCGAGGACAAUGACAGGCCAACACUGAGGAAAAUGCAGCCGCACAACAUGUAUGAGAUCUGGGAGGAUGCUCUUGAUGGUGAGCAUAUCAUUGCUUUUGCUGAGGAGGGUGACCCAGAUGGCUUUGAAUUCCUUGAAAUCGUGAAGGAAGUGGCAGAGGAUAACACCGACAAUCCUGACCUGAGCAUCGUCUGGAUCGACCCCGAUGACUUCCCUCUGCUUGUCCCCUAUUGGGAGAAGACCUUCGACAUUGACCUGUCCUCACCUCAGAUUGGUGUAGUGGAGGUUGAUGAUGCUGAAAGUAUCUGGUUUGAUAUGGAUGAUGAUGAUGACAUGCCAACAGCUGAUGAGCUGGAGGAUUGGCUGGAGGAUGUGCUAUCGAACAAAAUCGAUCCUGAUGACGAUGAUGAUGAUGACGACGACGAUGAUGACGACGAUGAUGACGAUGACGACGAUGAUGACGACGACGAUGAUGACGAUGACGACGACGAUGAUGAUGACGAUGAUGACGACAACGACGACGAUGAUGACGACGACGAUGACGACGACGACGAUGACGACGACGACGAUGAUGAUGAUGACGAUGAUGACGACGAUGACGACGACGAUGAUGACGACGAUGAUGACGACGAUGAUGAUGACGAUGACGAUGACGAUGAUGACGACGACGAUGAUGACGACGACGAUGACGACGAUGAUGAUGACGAUGACGACGACGAUGAUGACGACGACGAUGACGACGAUGAUUAAACUUUUAACAUCUUAUAUGCUAUGUAUUGUCCAAACUAAAGUCUGUCUAACUGCGACUGUCUGAAUCAUCAACGUUAUAAAAUUCCUUUAACAUUUUUUGUCGGAAAUCACGAGGUUAAAAAUGUCAUCAUUUAACUGUCACCUUGUUCCACCAUAUCUAGGAAUGCACUCAUCAUUCUAUCUCCCAUUGACCCGAUGUUUAAUUCAAAGACCAUGCUCUCUCUUAGACCUUCAGAUAUCACUUCCAAAUGUUGACAUCACUUAUAAAACCAAAACAAUUAGCAAUAUUGCUUCAGUUAAUUGCCAUCCAUUUCUUUCAAUCAUAAGGACAUACUGUAAUUGGCCGGUAAAAUAAUACAUUUGGGAAAGGACCUGACUUUCAAGCAUAAAAAAUGUAACCAAAAAUAUGUAAGAUCGUCAGAGGGAGCAGCAAGAUUAUUUUAAGUGUACAUCCAUCUGUUGAAUUUGUUGUUAUUGUCUCAAUGUUUAUUUGUACUAAUAUGUGGAUGGAUUGUUUGUCCCACUGUGAUAGGACCUAAAGGUGCUAAGCAGGCUUUUCCUCAAGGUCAUUAGUCAUACCUUCUUUCUUUGUUAAGACAGGAUGUGACCUUAUGUGACGUUAGCCGGAGAAGGGAUUGUCCAGCCUUCCUUCUGUGUCUAAAAAGUGCAGUAAAUCACAAACGUUUUCUACUGAAAAAGAAACAUUGAUAUUUUAUUUUUUUUUAACGAAGACAACUUGGUUUUACUCUUAAGUCUUAAAAUAAAAAACAGAUUGGAAUAAAGUGAUGUACAUUUUUA